AUGGAUUCAUACGUUCUCAUCGCCAUUGCCGGUGUCCUCAGCCAUGUCGUCUACUUUCGACGUGGGGAGCAUCAGCUCUACAGCCAUAUCUACCUGGUCCUCUUUGUUAUUUCCGCCGCCGUCGUCACCGUACUCGUCCACUACAGCUAUAUCCUGGUGUAUCUCGCCAGCCUCUAUACCAGCAUCCUCGUAUACCGUCUCCUCCUCCAUCCGCUGCGCUCUUUUCCCGGCCCGCUCGCCGCCCGCGUCUCGGGUCUCUGGUACAUCCACCCAAAGCACAAUGCAUAUCUGAGCCUCCAGGCCUUACACAGCCAAUAUGGCCCAAUCGUGCGCACCGGCCCCUCCGACCUCUCCAUCAUCUACCCGUCCGCCGUGCCCGCCAUCUACGGCGCCCAAUCCGCCUGCACGAAAGGCCCCUGGUACGACCUGUCGUACCCGUCUCGUCCCCUGCAACACUGCCGCAACGCCAAGGAGCACCACGCCCGCCGGCGGACCUGGACCCCCGCGUUCAGCGACAGGAUGGUCCGCGGCUACGAGCAGCGCAUCCAAACCUACCAGCAGCAGCUCAUCGCCCAGCUGACGGCGCGCCAGACCGUCGACAUCCGCAAGUGGAUCUACCUGUACACCUUCGACGUCAUGGGCGACCUCUCCUUCGGCCGCAGCUUCGACUGCCUCGCCGCCGGCCACGAGCACCCGGGAAUCACCCUCCUGAACGCCGCGCUGCGCAACAUCGGCCUCUUCCUCCCGCCGUGGCUGCACCUCAUCCUGCUCAAAAUCCCCUGGCUGACGCGCGACUGGUGGGCCUUCCAGUCGUUCUGCAGCGAGCGGCUCCACGCACGCAUGCGCAUGGACCUGCCGAUCCCCGACAUCAGCGCCUCGCUGCUCGCCCCGCUGCACGGAAGAGCGCCCACUCCGGAGGAGAGACUGAUGCUCGACGGCGACGCGCGGCUGAUCGUCGUCGGGGGCAGCGAUACGACUGCCGUGUCGCUGUGCGGGGCUCUGUACGAGCUCGCGCGGCAUCCGGAGCAGCUGCGCAAGCUGCGCAAGCUGCGCGAGGAGGUCGAGCCGUUUGUUGAUGCGGCGGGCGAUGUGCGUGGGGCCGAUAUUGCGCUUCUGGAGCAUCUGAACGGCGUGAUCAAUGAGGCCCUGAGGAUGUAUCCGGCUGUGUCGUCGGGGCUGCAGCGGAAGACUCCCCCCGAGGGGAUCCAGGUGGAGGGGGUGCAUAUCCCCGGGGAGAUGACGGUGUAUUGUCCGCAGUAUGUCUUGGGGAGAUCUGAGCUCUGCUAUGCGCGGCCGGACGAGUUUAUCCCCGAGCGAUGGUACAAGUACCCCGGCCUCAUCAAGGAUCGCUCGGCGUUUGCGCCGUUCAGCCUAGGUCCGUAUAGCUGUGUCGGCCGACCUCUGGCGUUGCUGAAUAUGCGUACUACCAUCGCCAAGCUGGUCACGACGUUUGAUAUGGGAUUUGCGCCGGGGGAGGAUGGGAAGGCAUUCAAGCAGCAGGCGCAGGACAACUUUGUGCUGUAUAUGGGGCCGCUGCAUUUGACUUUCGCCCGGAGGGAGGGAAACUGGAGGCGUCGAUCAGACGGCUAG